UUCCGUUUCAUCUAACUCCGUUUGUCGCCAUGGUUCAAAGAAUUCCUACCAGAAUGGAAGAUACACAAUAUUAUUUAGAGUGUGUUAAGGUGACAUUGAAAGACGCAAUCUAUGAGAGGUCAACAGCCGUCCGACACACAGCUGAGUUCCUUGAGAACAUCACACAGCACUACAGUGACAAGUAUCACCUGAUCAAAGUGUCCGAUGGUGGCGUAGAUGAAAAUCCACUGCAUGCUCGGGCAAUGUAUGCAGAUCUGGCUUCGUUUUUCAAGGGCGACUAUGAUUAUUUAGCACACUUUUGUAACGCUGGAGGUGACUCGAGAAUCAACCCUGUAGAAAGAUGCAUAGGUUCAAUCAGUCAUGCGCUCUAUGGUACUUGUUUGGUACGAAAGAAGCUCAAUGAGUCAGAAAAGGACACUUUGAGAAAGAAAGACGGCUCGCAGAAAGAUUUUCGAUCGAAUUUGGAUGCAAAUAAAUAG